UGGGAUAGUAGUAUCUUGGUGAUCCGGUGGAGGGUCUCCUGUGCCGGCAAUCAUCAUGGAUGACUAUCCCAUUUGGGGCCUGUUGGCCCUCUCUGUCUUGUGGGGCCCACUGUUCAGGUUCAUAUUCCCACUGGGGUUCGGACGCGUGUGUACAUCCUGCAUGAUGAUGCGAUCAGGAGCAGUGAAGCCAGGGCCCACACCUACUGAGCAGGCAGAGAUUGACCGCCGGCAAGCAGAAAAGAAGAAAGAAAGAGAAGAAAGAAAGAAGAAGAAAGAAGAAGAGUUAAAGAAAAAAUCCCAGUUAGAAGAAGAGGAGAUGAAGAGGAAGUUAAAGGAAAAGUGGGAACAGGAAAUAAAGGAUGAAUUGCAGACUAUUGAGGAAGAAGAAGAAGCCUCUGAAGAAGGGGGAGAGAGACUUAUCAGGCGGCGUGCAGAAAGUGGCGAGACAAGUGAGGUCCGGGGAGAAGUAUUUGUCAAGCCAUUGGACUGGUAUGACCAGUAUUCUUAUUCCAGUGACAAGUUAGAAGAGACAGAAGAAGAACGAGACACAUUCAUAGCAAGGCUAGCACUAGUAACAGAUCAAAGGAAGAKARAACUGAYGCUGGAARAAAAACKCACUGAACUACAUAGCAAGAUGCUAGCGACAAAGCGCAAAGAGCUUGAUGAUAGAAAGAAGUUGCAAGCAGAGGGGGCGAGGUUACACAGCGAGCUGCAGGCACAAAAGGAAAAACAAGCGGCUACUGAAGAAAAACUCGCCCUCCUAACUGAAACAGUUCUCCAUACGAAACAGGAAGUUGCUGCAAUCAAUAGGACCUUGCAGAAAGUUGAAACAAAUCAACUGGAAUUUGAAAAUGUAUGGAACACUUUUUUACAGAAGUCCGCCAAGGACGUAGAUCUGCACAUUCAGUCCUAUAUCAACAAACUGGAUGAUCAUCUCACUCAAACCUUUACUCCAGUCGUGAUUGAGAGAAUAGUGCAGGGCAGCGGCGGAGGAGGAGGUGGUGACGGAGAUGGAGAUAAGAAAGGAAGGGGAAGACAGCGAGAAGAAGGAGUUGGGACCAGCAACAAAAUUAAAGUUAAAAUUCCAUGGACGUACACCGGCAAAAGAACAGAAAGCGUGUUGCAUUGGAUGGCGGCUGUAGAGUCUUAUGUCUACGGACAACGGAUUCCCUAUUGGGAUAGGGUCUUGAUGGCCACUUCGUGCAUGGCCGGUGACGCGAUGAGUUUUGCCAUCUCGUUACAAAAGGAAGCAGGAUGUAGUUCGAUGGUAGAGUUUUCCCACCAAACCCACAUUGAAGACUUUCUCAAAGUCGUCAGGGAGAGGUUCGAAGAUAAGAAUCUUGCCCGAAGAACAGAAAUGUUAAUCUUGAACCUUCCUGACAGGAAGUGGAAAAGCACGUCGGCACUAAAAGCUACCAUGGAUGAGUUGUUACAAUUUGGCUUUAUACUGUACCGGACACAGCUAUCUGCAGCGAUGGACAAUGGCAAGAUUCUCAUAGAGAUUGGUCGGGUUCAUGACAGGGCACAGGUCUAUGUGGAGCCUGUAAAGAAUGGCGGCGAUCACAGGGGAAUCGUAGAACCACUCCUGGUGAAUGGGAACAGAAGCAUGGAACUUUGUCAGAAGCGACGUCUGGUCCUUGGGACAAUCCAAAGACCAGAGAAAGAAGUGACUCUGUUUGUUCCGCUGAAUGUCCCACAGUAUUCAGAUGGUUUGAUUCUGAACAUCCUGGUGGAGAAUCAAGGGCGAAUCAACUACGGCUAUCCGGACAUGUAUGACAAAAAGGGUCUCUUGGGAGGAGUAGCGAUAAACAAGACUCUCAUUGAUGACUGGACUAUAUAUAGACUUCCUCUGGAGAAUGUCACAAGUGCAUCCUUGGAUGAAGCCAGAUGCUCAGCAGGGCACCUGGAUGGUAAAGUUGGUGAUAGAAUGUGUGAGCAGGAGCGCAAGUCUCAUUUCAAUUUGGAGCAAUGCAUAACUGGUCAAGUUGCGGGGCCAACCUUCUACAGUGCGAGUUUCAUCAUCUCCGACAAACCUAAAGACACAUACUUGGCAUUGCGCAGUUGGAGUAAAGGUGUUGCUUAUAUCAAUGGAUUCAAUCUUGGUCGAUAUUGGCCUACUGCAGGCCCACAGUGCAACCUUUACAUUCCGUCCCCUGUUCUGAAAACUGGCAAAAAUGAUCUUGUAAUCUUUGAGCUAGAUAUAGCACCAAAAGAGCUGGUGGUGGAGUUUACAGACGAACCAGACUUUACUUGCGGCCAUCGAAGUCUGCUUAGAGCUAAAGCUAGAGAAUCUAGCGACCAGACUGCAGAUGUGACCAUUUGAUGCCGAAAGCCUCGUUUUCUCUCUUCGAUAGUGAUUGUACUAUAUUUGCUCUGAAGAACUUAACAGAGUUCAUACACAUCUAGUUCUUGAUUGAACCAUUUUUCAAUCUGAUAAUAUCUGAUGGCAUUUUUUGAAUUUGUAUUUUACUUCAUCUCUCCUCACUUUUUUAUCCGAGUCCAUAAUUUUCAACCGGACAAUGAUGAUAUUUAUGUUACAAGGUAGUUUAAGUUAACCAAGAGUUGUGAACUGAAUCAGUCACUGCUGGGGGCUUUGUACUUCCAGCCAGCGAUGGUUUGAACUUCAAGGCUCUAUUCAAACCAUCCAUCAUUUGUGGGGGUUGACAACUUUAUGUUUGUCACUUUGACAGUGGUCGAACGUGGUGCUCUUGGUAUACAUAGGAGUCAGCACCUCAUGUUAUCUUUUUGGCGUACGUUCGGUUGUGGCGCAAACAAGUUUGGAAAGGGCAACGAAAUCACACACGGGGAACAAACUCGCACGCCAAGUUUGGAAGGGAAACAAAAGCAUUUUUACCCA